AUGACCAUACAUUAUGUCACAACCGUAGAGGAUAGCUUGUCACCUCUGCAAUCACAUAUUAAAGUGCUUCAGCUCUUGGCAACUUGCUUCUUCUUCUUCUUCCACUUCCUCUGCUUUUGUUUUUCGACUUUCGAAACCUCGUACAAAUCCAGGGCUCUUCGCUUCUGUUUCAAUCUCCUUAUGGAUUCUUCUUCUGAUCACCCUCCCUCGUCAUCUCUUCGUUCUACUGAAGAUGUUCAAAAGGUUAAGUUCUGUCAGUGGUGUGGUGGUUCAACAAAGCAUGGAAUACCUGAAGGAGAAGAAAGGUUGAGAGCUAUAUGUACCAGUUGUGGGAAUAUUGCCUAUCAGAACCCAAAAAUGGUAGUCGGUUGCCUCAUUGAACACGAUAACAAGGUCCUCCUUUGCAAGCGGAAGAUUGAACCAUCUUAUGGCCUAUGGACACUUCCCGCUGGUUAUCUGGAAAUUGGAGAGUCAGCUAUGGAAGGUGCUAUCAGGGAAACAAGGGAGGAAGCCAAUGCUGAUGUGGAAGUGAUUUCGCCCUUUGCUCAAUUAGAUAUUCCUUUAAUUGGCCAAACUUAUAUAAUCUUCUUAGCAAGGUUGAAGAGCCCCCACUUUUCACCUGGUCCAGAAUCAUCAGAAUGCCAGCUUUUCUCACUCAAUGAAAUACCAUUCAGCUCUCUAUCCUUUUCAUCAAUGGUGGUUACUUUAAGUUUGUAUGUUGAAGAUUUAAAGGCAGGAGGAAAACCUAAAUUUCAUUAUGGUACUAUUAACAAGAGGCCUGGAACUAGUGCUUCUGAUAUUAAUGCCUAUACACUGGAUCAUCACAUGCAAUCAUGA